AUGAUAGGAAAUGAAGAAGCAUCAAGAACUGUUUUGUAUCAAAAUUUAAAGAGCUUAAAAGCUCUGCGGCAACCUCUAUUAGGUUUUACUUUUUUCCGCAGUUUCAUUUCUAUUGCAAAGCUCGGCGGGGAAUGUUCUUGUUUUUUUACGUUAAGCUACUCCAAGCUUCGCAGCUCAUUAUUUAUCCUACUGAAUCUUAUCGUAAGCACUAGAAUUGCAUACAAAAUAAAUCAGUGGGUGAGCUUCUAUUCCACUUCUGACAUAUCUAAUAAGGGUGAAAUUUCCCAAGUUAGGCAGGCAGAAACAGAUGAAUCAGAUGUUGAAGUUCAAGAAUCAGAUGCCACUUCAAAGUUUAUGAGCCAAGCUUUGAAAUGUCAUCUCACCUUUCCAAGAAUGUUCCUUUAUUCAAAAAUAAUAAAAAUGUUUGCGGUUUACGCGUUAAGAUUUUGA